GAACCUUAUGGGGAAAUUUAACUUGGGUCAUGACCAGUUUGGGUCACGACCAGAGUCCUGGAACUGAUUAGGUUUGUGAGCUAAGGUACCACUGUACUCUGGUGUAAGAGACAGCAUGCUUAUGUACGAGGGUUGUUGGGGAACACAAUUGUGGUGGUGUUAUUUUCCUCUGUCCUACCUGGAGGUUUCCUCACAGGCAGCUGGCUGGCUACUGUGGGAACAAAAUUCUGGGCAAGACAGACCUUUUGUCUGAUCCAGCAUGUCUCUGUUUCUUUGACAGCUUCAGAAGCUCGCUCCUUCUGUCUGUCCGUCCGUCCUUCUUUCCUAACGAGAAUUGUAUGCAUGCCUGUCCUUUUUGUCUUUUCAUUUAUAUCAGAAUUUUCUAGUUUUUGGUAUAAUAGGAUAAUAUCAAUGUGAAGUGUCCAACUUUAAAUAUUGUUUAAAACACUUUUUUGCCAUUUAGAAUUCACAUUUUGUGGCCUUAUUGGGUUAUAAAAUGGGUAUUACAGGUGACAGUUUAUUACAUGGUCUUUGUCCGUAACUUCUUCAGUGCUGUGAAAGCAAGAUAUCAUAAGCCAGUGUAUUGGUAGCAUUUACCUUGAGGAAUAUUGUGCAUUCUGUUCUUUCUCCUCGCUGAUUAGUUAAAUGGGGGAAAGAAGAUGUGAUAAAAUGCAUCCCACUGUGUGGCAGAACACUAUAGUCUUCUAAUUCCAUAUGUUGUUGCAGCCACUCUCUCUUGUCUCUUGCCAGCCUGUUGUCCAGUGUUCGCUAUAUUAUAUUACUGCAAAUAUUGUCUUUGGUCCAUAAUCCCACUUAUAUCAAACUGUAAUGGCAACAUCUUGAUUGAUCUUAUCUCUCUGUUUUUCAGUGAUUCUUCUAGAAGGUUGUUGGUGUAUGUAUAGAGUCUGGUUCUAGGUGUUCCAGUCUUUUUAGUGAUUUAGCCUAGAUAUUGCAAAAAUUAGAUAAAGCAGAUCAACCACCAACAAAGUAAUUCAUUACCUUCAAUUGUAGCCUUCCCCCACUACCAGCAAAAAAUGUCAGAAUAUGUGCUUGUGUCGGCUUUCCUUUCUUAUCUUUAACAUACCAGAAAAUUGCUUCAAAGGGCUUUUGCACUGUUGCUUGGUUACAGCAUUGUGUCACUCCUGAAUAAUAAUGAGUUGGAUUUUAAACAUUCUCACUUUGUUCAAGAAUCUGAACAGACAUAAACUAAAUAUAAUGUAACAAGGAAAUUUCAGGUAUCAGGUAGCUGGACAGUAAUGCUCAACUAUUUUUAGGCAAAUAAAACAGGUUUGCUUAUAACUUCUGAUUCUUAUCCACGCUUAUAUCUUAGUGUGUAUUUCACACAAAAUAAGCAGUGUGGUGCCGAAAGAUUUCUGGUAUGGCCUAGACCCCAGCUGAUGUUUCAUCAGUGGAAGUAUCCCCUUAACAAAGCUAGGCUAGGAUGCUCUCAGUGGCAAAGAGGUGAAAGGAUCAUUUUCACUAGUUUUUUUCCACCUGCUGGCGACCAGUUACAAGUGCCAAUGCCUUCAGAGUGCUCAAGUGGCACACUGGAGUAGCUGUCAUUGGUUUACCUCUUUCUUCCUCCUCCUUGUGCCUGAGAUUUGCACAGAUUUUUCUCCCCCUCCCCGCUUUUUGUCAGUAGUUCAGAGUUGCAUACAUGAUUAUAUGCAGUGCCCAUCAGUGCCCUAGGUGCUGUCCUCUCUCAAAGUACAGGAGUGCCAUCCCUGGAUACUGCCAGAGCAAGUCUACAAGUCCUUUCAUUUGAGAUGCUACGGGAGAAACUUUGCUCAGGAAAUAAGGUGGCAAGUAGAUAACUCCAAUUGAAGUGAGAUCUUCUAGUUUGUUUGUUUAGACCUGACCAUUCUCUAUGUUCUCCACCUUUUCUUUCCCUUGAUUCUAGGUGCUUUGGAAAAUGGGAAAGUGAGAGACAUCACUGUGGGUUCAGUGGCCCAGGCUUCGGUGAUAUGACCGAUCAUGGGUGCAACAACCUCUGCUUCAAGACAUUGGUUGGGAGGAUGACUUGUUGCCUUAAACAAGCCACCCCUGUGGGAAACAGUCUGGGUUCAGAUAACCUAUCAUCCUACAAUAGCUAGUUAGCCAUGAUGGCUUGCCAUGUUGUGUGCACUUAGUCAGAGUGUGCUAAGCUAUAACAAGUUCCCCUGUCCAGUAGGUUACUUACAAUGUCAAAAUCACAACUCUAAAAAGAGACAGAAUCAUAGCACUAAGGGUAUCUGCUCCAGUGGAGACUGUGUUAUUCUUCUGUCCUAAAAACAAUAGGACUUUCUGCAAUUAAAAAAAAAAAGAAAAGUGGAAGUAGUGCUGGGAAAGCAUGGCAAGAUGACAAAUGAAUGAUAACAUCCUGUAGCACUCCCAUGAAAUGUGAGUGAAUGAUGAUUUGACACUAAAUGCUUGUCUGGAAGCAGCCCAAGUGCCAUACUGUCCUGGAAAAUAUUUGGUAUGUUUAUACCACCACUAAGCACAAUAAAUUCAUGGAAUUUUAGGGUUGGAAAAAGGACCUUAUGGAAUUUAGUGCAAAACCGCAAUAGUAGCUUUUCUUAUACUUGCUAUAGCUGACUAAAUUCCCCACAGAAGAAACAUGUUUGUGAAGAAUAUACUACUGUAAGUAAAAUAUCACUGUUCAGUUCUUUGGUGUCCAUUAUACAACCCUUCUUUUUUGUACAUGACCUAAAUAACACAUGCACCUUUGUGUUUAAUCUUCUAGACUAUAUGUGCACAUAUUUCUUUGAGACAUGGACUGAGAACUUGGAUCUCUGGUAUAACAGGUUAAGGGUGCAGUCCUGUUGAUUGUGCUUUUGAUGCUUUUAAGUCCCUGAAGUCAGAACUUAUGAGCAUCUAGUGCAGAGUGGGAGUAAUGCUGGAAGCCACUGCUACCUAGCUGCACCUCCUGCUCUGCAUUUUAGCUUUCGGCCAUCUGGCUGAGUAAAUAUAUGGGGAGAGCAGGAAGCUGAAGUGUUCCCCAGAUACAUUGUAGGGGGAUCAGAACACAGAUUCCCAGCCCUGAGGUCAGAGCCCUGAUCUAACCAUGCAUCUGGGAAUCUGAUCCUUUGGCCUUCAAAAUGAUGUCCAGAGGCCAUAGAAUCACUCUCUGAGCAUCAGCUUCUCCCAUUGACUUCUAGCACAUUCAAUACAAAAUGCAUGUUAACUGUUAAAAUAGGAUAUUCUUUGGUGGUUCCCUUUGUGGGGGAAGAUUCUUACUGUUAUUGUCUUGUAGUUUUGAAAUGUUUUAAUUUUUUUUCAGUCCUAGCUUUUUGGCUUUCUUUGACUAAAGGUUAAAUGAGAAUAUUGCAGUGUUUAGAUGUAAUGUAACUUGCAUGUAAUAUAACUAUCCAAAGAGUAUAGUAAGAGAAUUUGACUUUAACUAUGGCAGUAUACCCAAUGUAACACAAGGGAAGAUUGUACAGAAGUUUAGUUCCAUUUCCUUAAAAUAUGAGUUAGGGAAACAAAUAGAUUUCCUGCUAAAGAACAUUAAAUAUAUACAUUAUUCUUUUGUGGGAAUAUUUGUGGGCAGUGAAGUAACUUGAGGCCACUGGAAUCCUUGGAAUGUCUUCUGAAUUCAACUCUUUUAAAACACUUUAAACUAGUCAUUUUGCUGCUGCUGCUCUUUAGCUUCAUCUGGAGAACAGCCUGUCUGGCUGAAACAAAGCAUCUUUUUACCACUUUGGAAGCAGGCAGCAAAAGAUUUUGUUGUAAUUAUUAAUAACAAAGUAAUCUGUCAGUGUGUCCAUAUGAAAAAUGCAUUUGCCAUUGUUUUAGCCAUGGUUAUCCUGAGUAGAAAGAGAUGAACACAAUAGUUCAACUUUGUCCCCAGACUUGUUCAACAGUGGAACAACGUUUGCCCCUGCUACCUACCAAAUUUAAGAAUUCUGGUAUUCAUGUUUACAUUUACCAAUGUUAAGGGCAUUGUUAUAUAAUUUGGCAAGAAGCAAAUAAAAUAUGAAAAUACGGCCCACCUUGAUUGUUUUUGUAGAUCAGUUCAUUUUAUGAAUAACUAUUCCUCAAGCUGUAAUUUUGUAAAUGGAAAACAAGCUUCAUUUCAGUUAUUUUUGGUGUCUGAGAAAAAAUAAACUGACUGCUUCUGUGUUAUAAAUUGUGUGUUUGGUAUGUACUUACUGGAUCUUGUUUCUGAUGGGCUCAUUGUUAAGAAAAUCAGCAUUAUAGUGUGAAGAAUUAUAAUGUGAAGAAUCAUGGUGUGUUCUGACAGAGGCAAUGGCAUAUAUAAAUGAACACAUAUAAUUUUUAUCUGAGAAAUGAUUAAGGUAUGUAAAAUAUCUAGAUAAAAAUAUGAAAAUUGUUUCCUUGUUCUCCAAGGCUGAGACUGAUGCUUUAAAAAAAUAGUUGGGCAGAUCUAGAACUUUUGUGCAUUUUUAGCACAUACGUAUAUUUUCUUUUCUUAACAGAAAUUUGGUGAAGAAGUACUGUCCUAAACGUUCAUCCAAAGAUGAAGAGCCCAGGUAAAAUGAAUGGGUUUGCUAAUGCGAAACAGCAAACUAUUAUUAUAUUUAAUCAGUGCUAUUUUCUGCAAACACUUGAAUGAGGCCCCAAUCCCCAUACGCUUGUAUGCUUUUUAAAGUUUGCAUUCAUUUGGGUGUUUUAACACCAGUCGGUUUCGAGAGGUUGGUUGAUUGUGUCAUUUCACUAGUGAAAAUGUGCUAGCUGUAGAAACGUAAUUUUCAAGCUUGUACAAGUUUUAAAUCCAGAAGUUUGAUUUUGCUUCUGUGAGCUUUUGACCAACUCACUGUAACUUCACUAGGCUAGGCAUUUGCUUCUUGUACAAUAUGUUCCUUAGUAACCCCCCCCCCCCCGCCCACACACACACACCUCUUCAGCUGAUGUACACUGGAUACUGCUCUAUACAUUCAGAAAUUACAAGGAGAAACUAGAGUAUAAUUAUGUGAACCUCUUUCCAAAAGAUAAGAAAUUGGAAGGAGCGGGUAAAUUACUCUCCUAAGAGUCCCUAACAUAAUGUCCACAUAUUUUGGAUUUUGCUGUGAACUCUUUAGUUACUUCAUAGUAAAGAUAAAGAUAUAAACUUGUUUCUGGACCGUGCCAUUUAUUGCUGGUGACGUAUAAUAUGGUUGAAUGUUUCUCCAUACAAAGCAAUUCACUAGAAGAAGGGGAGGCUAGAUUCUUUCUCUCUGGAUACCUAGUUUUCUGUGUUGGAAGGGUCACCCAACCAUGCAAUCCCCCACUAACAGUCUGAAGUGGGUGGGUAAAGCCCAGAAACCUGUUUACUGCUUCAUUUAUUGUUUCUGACAGCAGGCCUGUAUUCAUCACUUAAUUCGUUGUGUUCUUCUUGCUGCAUAUUCUGCUCAUAUGCUAGACACUAGUCACGUAAUGUUGCUUUUUUUUGGUGGGGGCGAUGUCUGAAGGCAGUAUAAAGUAUACUGACACUUUGUAAGUAACAGUGCUGCUUGGUUACAAAAAGGGGCUGAAUGUCCAAGACGAGGUUCCUUUGUGAAGCUGUACGUCAAAAACACUGUAGAGGUACUCUGCAUAGCUGUAAAUUUCUGACAAACUUGGCAUGCUGUGUGGUGUAGCCUUCCCUUGUAGCAUCACUGUUAGUAUUUAAAGGAACCUCAUCUGGAGCAAAUUUCUCACUGUUCUGUGCUUGAUUUAGUCGGCAAUAUUUGUCAUGCUAAAAGGACACAUAGCAAAAACUCCCCACCACCAUCACUAUCACUACUGGAAGUGCCAUUGCCUCAGACCAUUGACUCAGAUAGCCUAGCUCCUUUAAGACAGAAAGAGUGAAACCAGGUUUAUUUCACAGGGUUCAUCAGCUUUAUUCUUAUGCCUCUGGCUAGGGAUGCCUUAUUUCUACUUUUUUAAAAGGUACAAUUUUUUUCCCUCUAAAACAAAGCCCACUAUUAAAGGAACUAUUAUUGGGUUGAGAGAGACCUGGUGGACCAUAUAUGCUUACCCAAACAUCUAAUAACGAGCAGGAUUUAACUUGAUUAACAAAACGUAUUUCUCACGGGAGAGCAUUGUGAGCAACUCGUUUUUACUUUAACAUCUUCUAAAGAAAGCUGGAUAACAGUACUUCCAGAUGCUGAUAUGGAGUUCGACCUGACAACUUAAAAUGCCAACAUCCCACAGAUUUAUGAGAGAGUUCUAUUUUUUUUAAAUACAGUGACUUGUUUUUUGUUUCUCCCCUUCCAUACACAUUUUCUACCCUUAUUUUUUUCCUUCCUCCUUCUUCCCUUUUCACUCCCCGUUUUUUUAGUGCCAGCAAUAGUGUGGCACCUUUCCCUCCAACCCAAGAGGUGAGCAGGCAAACAGGCAGCUGUCUACAGAGCUGGUAGCAAAAUUGUUCAGUAGAUCAUCCAUCGGGAUGCAUAUGAGUGGUAUGAUUGGCAUGUUCCACCCUCAAGAUCAAGCAAAUCAUCUCUGCAACAAGUUCAGCUUCCCAAGCCUAGGAACUUAAGUUCAUUCUUAAGCUCAGUUCUUCCAUUUCGCAUCUUAGGAGAUACUACUAUACUGCAGGGCUUUCCAGGUUUACCUCAUGUAUAGCCUUUUAUAAUAUCCUCAAUGAAUUAAAUGACUACGCAGGACAACGAGAGGUAGUAGCAGAGGAACUGGGGCAUAGGGUAUAUGGAGAACUGAUGAGAUAUUCUCAUGAUCUCAAAACAGAAAGAAAAAUGCAUCUUCAGGAGGGUCGAAAAGCUCAGCAGUAUCUUGACAUGUGUUGGAAGCAGAUGGACAAUAGCAAAAAGAAAUUUGAGCGGGAGUGCAGAGAAGCAGAAAAGGCACAGCAGUGUUACGAGAGACUGGACAAUGAUACCAAUGCCACUAAAGCAGAUGUUGAGAAAGCAAAGCAGCAAUUAAACCUGCGUACGCACAUGGCUGAUGAAAACAAAAAUGAAUAUGCUGCACAACUGCAAAAUUUCAAUGGUGAACAGCACAAGCAUUUCUAUAUUGUCAUUCCUCAAAUUUACAAGCAUCUUCAAGACAUGGAUGAACGGAGAACCAUCAAACUCAGUGAAUGCUACAAGGGAUUUGCAGAUUCUGAACGCAAAGUUAUUCCAAUAGUCUCAAAAUGUUUAGAAGGAAUGAUUGCUGCAGCAAAAUCAGUUGAUGAACGCAGGGAUUCUCAAAUAGUAAUAGACUCCUUCAAGUCUGGGUUUGAACCUCCUGGAGACUUUCCAUUUGAAGAUUACAGUCAGAAUAUUUACAGGACUGUUUCUGAUGGAACAAUCAGUACACCAAAGCAAGAAGGGAUGAAAAUCGAUGCAAAAACCACUGUGGGCAAGGCUAAGGGCAAACUGUGGCUUUUUGGAAAAAAACCAAAGGGUCCUGUACAAGAAGAUUUCAGCCACCUGCCACCAGAGCAAAGGCGUAAGAAACUGCAGCAGCGGAUUGAUGAACUUAACAGAGAACUACAGAAGGAAACUGAUCAAAAAGAUGCACUCAUCAAAAUGAAAGAUGUCUAUGAGAAAAAUCCACAAAUGGGUGAUCCAAGCAGUCUUCAGCCGAAAUUGGCUGAGACGAUGAGCAACAUGGACCGUCUCCGAAUGGAAAUUCACAAGAAUGAGGCCUGGCUUUCUGAAGUUGAAGGUAAAGUAGCAGCAAGAGGAGACAGAAGACACAGCAGUGACAUCAACCAUCUUGUAACCCAAGGAAGAGAGAGCCCAGAGGGGAGCUACACUGACGAUGCAAACCAGGAAGUUCGAAGCCCGCCACAGCAACAUGGCCCCCAUAAUGAAUUUGAUGAUGAGUUUGAAGACGAUGACCCUUUGCCAGCUAUCGGACACUGCAAAGCUAUCUAUCCAUUUGAUGGUCCCAAUGAAGGUACCCUGGCAAUGAAAGAGGGUGAGGUUCUGUACAUUAUAGAAGAAGAUAAAGGGGAUGGAUGGACAAGAGCUCGGAGACAGAAUGGAGAUGAAGGAUAUGUGCCAACUUCCUACAUAGAUGUAACUCUAGAGAAGAAUAGUAAAGGUGCAGUAACUUAUAUCUAACCUCCAGUCCAUCAGCAUACCAGGGAACAUUCAUUAAUGAAUACUGAAGCGUACAAUUGGACGGGAAAGUGUUAGAACAUUUAAAGACCCUACAAUCUGUCAUUCACCGUGUGAGCCAACCCUGAGAUGUCAGUACUGAAACUGGAAGAACAUCCUCGUUCCAAUUAGUUUGUUCUGCUGCUUUGACCAGUGCCAUGUCUGACUUCUUUCCCUAUCUGGUUGAGAACUUUAAGUAUUUUCUUUACAAUCAAUGGUGGAGCCACCAUAUUUUACUGAUUUUCUUAAUUUUAAUUUCUGUAAAGCCUUCUGUUUGCUUGGAAACAGUUUAAAUGAUGUUGUUGUUUUUAGAAUGUGUAGUUUUGUCAUAUUUAGUGUCCUUCCCCAGAGGAGAACCUGUUCCAAUGUCCAAGUAAUAACUGAACUCAGGUAACUGAAACUAGCCCUAUUCCAGAGAAGUGAGCAAGCAGAUCAGUCUUCUAAAUGGAAGUACCUCUUAUAAUUGUAACGGGCAGCUUGCCAUUAAAUGCAAUGAGAUCUAGUUCAGAAAACAAAGAACCUUGUGCUGCAAGCAUGCAAGCCAUUGCCUGUGUGCAUUGCAGGAAAUGUUUGCAAACAUCCUUUUUCUGUACAUAUUUUUGCAGCUUUUACUUUGGAAAUCAGAUCUGCACUUUUUUGCUCACAGAAAUAAUAAAUGCAGAAGGUGAUCGAAGAAAAGUGCACAGCUGAUUGUAGAGGAUUCAACAGGCUUACAGUGUGGUGACCUGCCCUUUUUAUCUAUUUCUUGGAACUGUCGUCAAGAUUAUUCUUUUGCUAAAAUGCAGCUGAGCCCCCUUCUCUUGUACCAACACUCCCCAAAAAGUUGUCCUGGAAAAUGCGUCUUCCAAAGGUGCAGAAAAUGUUGGAUUAUGAUGCUUUGUGCACAUAAGUCUCUCUCAAUCAUGUACCUCCCCACUUAUUCCAGUAGAUGGAGCAGAUUUGCAUACACAAAAGACUGGGUGCAGAUCAGUUCCAUUAAAACAAAUGAGUAACCUUUUGUGAGCUAGAGGCUCCCUGUGGACAUGCUGAAGCACCUGUACCUGGAGCAGCUCACUGGUCAAGGUGUCACAUCUGUGGGAGGAAAUUGCUAAAUGUGGCUACUUUUGCUAGAAUCUGUACAUUUUUAUUGGGCAGGAGGAAGAACCUGGAAGCAAAAUUGCACUGAUUUGCUACUAAAUGAACGGCUGUCUGGAAAAUGUGGUGUGGUGAAAGCUUGAAAAAACUCUGUGCAUAGCAGGAUUUAUUCCCUAGCUAUUUGAUCUGCAUUUUUUGAUAAGUGCGCUUCUCCCUUUUUGAGGCCUCUGGUAAUUCUGUUCUUCUCUUUUUUCCUCUUGGACUGCAGGUUCCUGAAGCGGGUUUCUGAGAAAAUGGGCGAGAUGUUGAAGGAGGUUACAUGCAGCUGUUUUUUGUGGGGAGGGUGUUAGGCCCAGCAAGAUGGGGGAAAGCCAGUUGCAUGAAGGCAUGUAGGCAUACAUUUCUCACUAACAAUGUUAGCAUUUUUCUGUGUGUUCAAAGUUGUUGUGGUAAACUAAAGUUCCAUUCCAACAGAACCAAACCAUCCAAUCUGAAAUUGCAUUCUUUCCUUAAGUUCUGAACAAUUCUACUCCCUGUUCACCAGUUGCACUGUAUAUCGGCUGUUUUCAGCUGUCUUAUGCUCCAUGCCCAUUUCAAACUGGCAUUCAGUCAACAUCUUGCCAUUGUCUGCCUGUGCCACCUCCAUGCUCGCCCUAACCUUCUCCUGCAUGUCUAGGUAUGUGUCGGGCAUGCCUGCCUAAUGUUCUGUAUCUCCGUAACUCUUCCUCCUCAUCUGCAUUUGUAGCAAAUCCACUUUAUGUAUCUCUUAAGCACUAAUGUUUUUAUUUCAGUACCGUUUAUGCUGCUAUAACUUUUUUUUCCUUCAUUGCGACCAUCAUUACAUUCCAGUUCUUCGAAGUUAUAACUUAACAUUCAUUUUAAUUUGGGGAAAGAAAGACAUCUCAGCACUAGGAAACUGCACCAUCUUCAGCACCUCGAUAACUUCUCAUGAGCACUGAACACCUAGGAUAACAGCACAGAUUUUCAGCUACAAGACAAAUGACUGUUUUCAGAAGUCAAGUGCUUGCCAUUCCAGAUGCUGCCUUAAACUCUUGAGUGCCUAAAUCUGUUGAUUGCCAACUACCACGUCAGUAUCCCACAAAGGGCUUUGGGUUUCAGUUCCAUAUGACCUCCUGAAUCUUUCUACAAUACUGCAGCUGCUGGUAGCCAUGGUAGAGGUUUUCUAGAGCUCUGCCAUAUCAUGAUACAUGGUGCAUUGUAAACUUUAUGAAUUGAAAGCAAAAUACUUGUAUCGGUUUUUCAUUUUAUGCCUCAUGUUUUUAAUAGGAUGUUUGUGGAUGCUUUUUUUCUCCUUGUCUUUUUAUUGUUUUAGCAGAGGGUGGGGGAAGACUCCAAUUUUUAAUUAACUGCAGUGCUAGUCUGUUUCCAAGUGAUGCUUCAUUGUAAGGACCAGUUGAAAAUUGGAGUGAUACUUUGUAAUGACCUAUGUGCACUUUUACUUGUAAACAUCAAGAUUUGGAAAUGUUUAUACAUGUAAAUAUAGUUGUCUGCAGCACCCCAUAUUGCUCACAUUGUUUUGUCUGCCAGUUGUGGAUUCUGUUAAUGAAAUCAUCCAACAUCUAAACUAAUUAGGGUAAUCUUAGAGUAAGGGGGAUAGGAGGAAGGGGGGAGGGAGGGAGAAAUCGGUUAAGCAUCAUUAAACCAACUUGUUGCUGUUUGUGGUAAUAUUUAAAACAGUCUCCUUUUCUAGGGAUGAGGGUUGAAGCAAUAUUUGGACACAGCAGUGCUGGAAUCCUUUAGGAAUUUUUUUCAGUGUUAUUAGCAACUGUACUACCAGUAAAACUAAAUCUGUGUGACUAUUGUGUGGAAGUUUUCUUCCUUUUAUUAUUAAGUGUGCCACUAUUACACAGAUGACAUAGUGUAUUUACAUUGGAGGUGGUUAAACACUAAAGAUAGAUUUUUUGGAUAUUGUAAACAGGGUUAUUUAUAUAAUGUGACCUUACUCAUUACUGACAAAUCUACAUGGAAUAGCCUUGGUUGUUGUUGUUUUUUUAAAAGAACAACCUACUGGUUUUUUAUUAUUAUUUCAAAGUUAAAUCUAAAGACAAACUAUUUUCAAUAUUUCGGCAAAAAACCCUGUGGAUUUUGCCUAACAACCUCUUGGGCUUCUGGUAACGGACUAAUAUUUCUUAAACGCUACUGUUUUUCUAGGAACAGGAUUUAUUUCCUCAGGAGAAGUUUUCCUUUCUGUGGUAUAAUACAGCCUUUAUGAGGGUUAUUAAAUAUAAGGGGAGGAAAAAGAUCUUUGUACUUGCACAGUUAGCUAAAAUCAUUAUUCUGAAAUAUUGAACAUGAUGAAUUGUCCGAGUCUUAAAACUUUUAAAUCUUUUGUGCACGUGUUGAUUUUUAAAUGUUUAAAUGCUUUGUUAAAAAUAGUGGCUCUCUUGAGAAUAUUUUCAUGGAAUUAAACAACCUUUUCAUGGC